AUGAGCAGCAAUACUAAUAAUUUCAUCACGCGUUUCAUCCAUUCUCUGAUGGAAAACGGAAACGACCGAAGAGAUCAAGCGGAAAAACAUUUAAAAGACACGUUAGAAAAAUCGAAAGAAAUGAUCGAAAACUGGCAUCAACCGACGAAAACGAGAGGGUUUUGGAGACGAGAUCUGAAUCAAGGGACGUACGUGACGAGUCAAGAGCCGCAGUUACGAGGGGGGGUCGGGAGGAGAACCAAUUGGGGAUGA